GUUCUUUGAGCGGCUGGUGAAGAGGAAGUGGCUCAGUAACUCGGAGCCGUACGAUCAGAUCGAGGCGCUCAUCAAAGAUCACUUUAAGAAAUAUCACAGGAUGGACAGUCCUCCACACCAGCUGCUGGUGGCCGAAGUCCACCGCCGUGUGGUCAUGGAGUACCUUCGGUCGGUCAUGCGAGGCAGAAUCAUCUGCACCUCGAUGAAGAUGAGGAAGAGGAUGGCUGGGCGCCUCAGGGACGAAGGCACACAGAUCAAAGUCCUCUUCAAAGACCUGGAGUCUCCGUCCAGCUGGUUGGACAGCGCACUGUCUCACAUCUCAGAGAUCAUCCAGCUGGAGGACGUCCCGUCUGUCCAGAUGGAGGUGGGCGUUCUGGUCAGAGAGUUUCCGGACGUCAGGAAGAAACACGUGUCGGCCAUUUUGAACAUACGGGGGAUGACUCGGCAGUCAGAGCGUCAGGAAAUCCUCAACAUCGUCAAGGACAUCGAGAGCAGUGACGGCGGCAGCAGCUCGGCUCGGCUUUCCCGUGACCGCGGCCUCUUCUCUGAGGUGCCCGUCACCUCAGAGGUUCACUGCCUGAACAUGGGCCUGAGCCGCAUCGCCCUCACCGCCUCCUCCUGCUUCACCGCACUGAGACCACGGCGACGCAAAACCCGCACGCCCGUCCAAGAGAACCCCGACGAUGUUCUCUGAGAGGAGUCAGCUAGUUUCAGUUCUUCCUUCUCACAGGAAGUGAAACUGAGGCUGUUGGUUUAUUUCUAAUAAAACUCCAUAAAGAGGAUUAUUGUCCAUGAAACCAUCGGUGACUGGACGUGUCCCUCAAGCUUCAAAACAAUCAACAGAAACACGUUUGAUCACAAACAUGACGCCAUCGUAAUGAAACCUGAUCAUUGUCAGAUCCGACAUUCAUCAAUCGUGUGAACGUCGGAGACAUUCAAUUCAACUGAAUCAGUCGAGUCCAGCAGGUAAACCUCAGUGUGACCUGAGCUGAUCGGAAAUAAUAAUAUACAGAAAACCUUAUUUUAAAUCCUUCAUCUAAAUAUUUCCAAUCGUCACACAGAAUCAUAUGAGAACAACAUGUGACCAGGCCUCCGUCAUUGAGACACAUGAUCUUCACAUGAUCUUCACAUGUUUAACAGGAGUACACUUCCUGUUUGUCCUGAAUCACAUGAUUUUAGAUUUGAUUAGAUUUGAUUUGUAUUUUUUUAUAUGAGACGUGUUCAGCUUCAUCGCUGUUUGAUUUCUGGACUUUGAGCUGAAAGGCACUUUAUUCAAGGGUGGACGAGAGGAGAGCAGUUCUCUGGACUGAGGUGGACUCUGGACUGAGGUGGACUCUGGACUGAGGUGGACUCUGGCACGAGGACCAGAACUGGAGAAGUGGAUUAACCACAGUUCAGUUCAUCAGAGCGGCUCGGGUUCCUCUUCUGCUUCCUGUUUCACCAGGAUCUAGACUGAGAGAGAACUGCUCACUGGUUUUUAUCCUUCAGGGUUUCACAGGAGUUUGUUUUGGGGUUUUGGGGUUUUUGACAUGAAGAUGCUUCAUGACAAUAACUGCACAGUAGUUUUAUUGUUGCACAUGAUAUAAGAGACGUUUUAAUCAAAGGUACUAGACAGAGUUGUGAGUCUCUUCAGCUGAUUGUGCAUUUGAAGCAUCAAUCAUAUUCCAGCUCGUGGGUGUGAUGAGGUUUCUGGUAAAUUCUUCAGAGAUAAACACAGAAUAUCUGAAACCAGAGGGAGGGCUCCCUCUGCUGGUGUUUGACGGACAUCACCGCAGAAUCUUCUGAUUUCCUCACAUCAGUGGUUUUUGAAUUUGAAUUUGAAUUUGAAUUUGGUUUUCAGUAUUUCCAGGAAAACUCUCCGUCAUCACAAAUCUCUUCGAUACUCAGACACACACUUCACACUGUGUGAGGUUCAUGUCUUUGUCUCCUGUCGAUGUGGAUGAUGCAUGAAAUGAAUCUUUGUAUACAGACAAUAAAACACAUCAGAUCACUGACGGCUUCGCUUUAAUUUUUUCCAUAAAUCUCUUUUAGAAUUAACAUUUUUCAAGUUUAAUUCAAUGACACUAUUUUAAAAUGUUGUGUUUUCACAUAUGACUUGAUUUACUCUGCAUUAAGCACAGUCAGCUUUUAUUGUGAAGGUAACACAGCUGUUACAUCUUGAGCUGAAUUCACUCUUCAAUUGUAGUUCAUGUUACAUUGGGACAGUGACCUCUGCUGGACAGGUGUAGUGUUGCAUAAAGUAAUGUUGGUAAAAACAAACGGCACCGAUCCUAUUUCAAAGUUCUCUGGUCUGACGCAGCGUCACUAUUUAAGAUUUGUUCAGGGUUGUUUUUGUCGUUAGCUGAGUUUUAUCUUGAAACUCAACUCUCAUUAUCUAUUCUAGAUUUUCUAUGCACUGCAUUGUUUGAAUGUAGUUUAUUAUUUUAUUUGUAUUAAUGUAUAAUCAUGAGUGAUGAGUCUAACUGCGUUUUACUUAUUCACACAAGAUUAUAUGAUUUAUUUGGCUGUUUUACUAAUAUCAUCGAUUAUCUCUCAACUAUUCCCUGAUAUUUGACAAAUAUUUUCCCAUUAUUGUAAUACGUCUUUAUUUAUUUACAAUAAUGAGUGUAUGAUUUUUUUAUGAUCACAGUGGUGUUUGUUGAGUUUAAAUGGUUUAAAUCCAACACA